CCAGAUGAACCAAAUCAAGUUUUUGAAUUGGUUCAGAAAAGAACCCCUUCGAGAAGGCUCCCUUCCCCUACAAAAGAACCCCCACCCGAAACGCUUUUUGGAAGGGGAAGGAGAAGAAGAGGGCGGUGCGCUGUUGCUGAACGGGAUGAUCCUUUUGCCGUAUGGUGCUGGUGAGGGCGGUGGUGUCCAUGAAGGAUGAGGAAGAGGAGUUAAUGGUAUGGAUAGAGAUGGAUAUCAAGAUUUGGAGACGGAAAUCAAAUCUUGGCAACCGGAGGAUAGAAAUAACGGUGAGUAUGUUAUUUCACGUUCACAAGAUUAAUACGCGCUGGCUUUAUGGUAUAUGGUAGGCAUUUUGUCAUCCAUGGAGGAAUUUUGACAUGAUAAUUUCGUAUUGAAUAGCAGCAGAUAAUUUGGAUUUGAUUCCCAAAUGUCCGAGGGCGAAGUAGGAGUUAAAAGACGAGAUCAAAUGUGUGGUUGGAAAACUAUUCAGCAGGUCCAGAAUUGAUGCAUUACUCGUUCAAUAUUGGGCGCCCAUAACAAUAGACGGCCAGGCUAUUCUUACAACCCAAAACCAACCAUUCGCUCUUAGUAAAAUUUAUAAAGGACUGUGUUGGUAAAGGAUGAUCUCUAAACACUAUAAAUUUUACGUGGAUGGGGAGACUACUGAACAACAACUUGGGCUUCCUGGCCGUGUAUUCAAGCAUCAAUUGGUUGGGUCCUCUCCAAAUGUCGAGUAUUACUCUAACAAAGAGUAUCCACACCGCAAACAUGCUUUUUGUUGCCAAAUUAGAGCAGCUUUGGCUUUGCCCGUGUUUGAACCCACUGACCAUACAUGUGUCGGUGUACUUGAGCUACUGUUUACCACCAGAGAUGCAUUCCUAAUUUUUUUGGAGGAAGGUUGUGCCUAUGACGCUUUUCUUGGGCUAGAUCUGAAAUGUUUAAAUCUAUGGGAACACCCGUUCAUGGAAUUAAGUGGGCAAACUAUUCAGGACAAAAAUGAAGCAGCUCUUACAGAUGAAAUCUUGGAUGUGCUGAAACUAGUGUUGGAAGUUCACGAAUUACCUUUGGCUCAGAUAUGACGAACAUACAGGGUUUGCAGAUCUCUUCUCAAGAAUGGGGUCUUUGGUUUGAGCCGCCAGAGAGGACUAUCCUCUCUGAUGGAGGAAAAUGGUGAUAUUUUUUUUAGGGCAUGUGGGCAUCAUCACUUUAGAAAGGGUAUGGGGGUUGUUGGGACGGCACUUAAGUCCCUUAAUUUGGUAUUCUGAGCCGAUGUAACCCAAUUCAGCAUAACAGAAUACCCCGUGACACACUAUGCUCGAGAGUUUGGAUUAAGUGGUUGUGGUUGUUUCUCAGUAUGCUUGUGGAGUAGUAACCCUGGAGAUGACAUUUAUGUGUUAGAGUUCCUUUUGCCGGUGAACAACAAAGUCGGUGGAAAUGUAAUGACCUCAUUAAUGAAGGAGAUAUUGGGAACAAUGAAGAAAAAAAUCCAAUGUUUUAAGCUUGCUUCUGGAGAAGAACUGGGGGAAGAAUUAAUUGUUGAAGUUAUUGAUUUUUAGUAUGGUGAGAAAAAAAUUCAAACUUUGAAGCUUUCUUCUGGAGAAGAGCUGGGGGAAGAAUUUUCUAAAGUAACUGAUUUUCACAAUGGUGAAAAACUUAAUUCUGUUCAAAUAUCCCAAACUAGGCCUGAACCAUUACAAAAUGGAGCAGAUUUGAUGGAGCUGGAGUCAUCAGAUCAACAAUCAAUGGAUGCCGUAAACAAUGAAAGCAAUGUCAUCAGUGCGGAACGAAGCAACAGUACUUGUUCACAGGAAAAAGGAACAAGAAAGAAACUAAAAAGAAAGCAGAAU